AUGCUUACUGACGAACAGAAACUAAUAUAUGAUCAGAUAACGGAGGCCGUGUUCAAUAGACAAGGAGGUGUGUUUUUUGUUUAUGGUUUUGGAGGUACUGGGAAGACAUUCUUAUGGAGUACACUUUCUGCUGCUGUUAGAUGCAGAGGUGAAAUCAUAUUGAAUGUUGCAUCAAGUGGUAUAGCUUCUCUUCUUCUGCCUGGUGGUCGGACUGCUCAUUCCAGGUUUGGAAUCCCUAUUCACCCUGAUGAGACAACGUAUUGCUCAAUUGAUCCUCGGUCUGAAUUAGCUGAAUUGAUUAAAGAAAUAUCACUUAUUAUAUGGGAUGAAGCUCAUAUGAUGAGUAGAUAUUGUUUUGAAUCUCUUGAUCGGAGUCUAUGUGAUAUUAUUUGCAACCCUGGAAGCAAACCUUUUGGUGGCAAAGUCGUUGUUUUCGAUGGUGAUUUCAGACAAGUAUUACCUAUUAUACAGGGUGUCGGGAGAGCUGAAAUUGUUUUAGCUUCUUUAAAUUCUUCUUAUCUUUGGGAUCAUUGUAAGGUGUUAACGAUGACCAAGAAUAUGCGGCUACUCAAUAGCAAACUAAGUUCUGCCCAGUCAGAAGAGAUCAAGGAAUUUUCAGAAUGGUUAUUAGAUAUUGGUGAUGGGAAAAUAGCCAAACCUAAUGAUGGUGAAGCUAUGAUUGAUAUCCGAGAAGAGUUUCUUAUUACUGAUUCGGACAAUCCAGUUGAGUCUAUUGUUAGGUCUAUUUAUGGAGAUCCAGCCCUUUUGCAUGAGGAAAAAGACCCUAAAUUCUUUCAGCAGAGAGCAAUAUUGGCUCCGAGGAAUGAGGAUGUCAAUAAGUUGAACCUAUAUAUGCUUGAGAAAUUCAAAGGUCAAGAAGUGGUCUACCUAAGUGCUGAUAGUCUUGAUCCCACAGAUUCAGAUUCAAAUACCAACCAUGUGUUCACACCCGACUUCUUAAAUUCCAUUAACAUAUCUGGCUUACCAAACCAUUGUUUACGUUUGAAGAUUGGCGCACCUGUCAUGUUGCUAAGAAACUUAGAUCCGAAACGAGGUUUGUGCAAUGGUACAAGGUUGAAAAUUUCUCAAAUGGCUGAUCAUGUAUUGCAGGCAGUUGUCAUUACUGGUGAUCGAAUUGGAGAUAUUGUACUUAUUCCCAAAGUACUUAUUAUCCCGUCAGACACGAAGCUUCCUUUCAAAAUGAGGCGGAGACAGUUCCCUAUUGCUCUUGCUUUUGCAAUGACAAUCAACAAGAGUCAAGGUCAAUCUCUAAGUGAAGUUGGAUUGUAUUUACCAAAACCGGUCUUCUCACAUGGCCAGCUUUAUGUUGCUCUGUCGAGGGUUAUAUCCAAAAAAAGUUUAAAAGUUCUCAUUCUCGACAAAGAUGGUAAAAUCGCGAGACAGACACUUAAUGUGGUGUUUAAAGAGGUUUUUCAGAAUUUAGUUAGAUAG